GUUGGUUCGAUUUGAAUUGGGUCGGUUCGGUUAUAUUUCUCUCCUAGUGCCUAGUUUAUAGCUAAGCGGUUAGCUUCUUGUUUCACCGAUACACUUGUUAAAAGAUCCAAGGAUAUGUCUAGGGGUUCGAACGAGGCUGGUGAUUCGUCCGAGUUCGUUUAUCCACCGCUGAAGAAGCCCAAGGAAAAUCCGGUUCCGGAGGCGGAGGCGAAGGCGAAGGUGGAUGCGAAGGUGGAUGUAAGAAUGCGAAUUCUCCGCAAAGGAGACUGGGACGAUCCGGAAUAUAAGAGACAGCGAGAUAUUUUUGAGGAGCAAUUUGAAUCGAGCGAGGGUUACGAUGUUGAUUGGGAUAAUUUGGACUUCAACUUCCCUGCCGUCAGAUUCGAAUGGGCAUCAGGUCUAUCAGCUCGACAUACUAAUAUUGAGUUACUCAAUCUGCUCAUAGAGACAGCCAUUGACGAAGAAAACGAAGAAACUGGAACAAAACUUGAGUUUGUCAAGUAUGUGAGUGCAAAUGUACUUGGCGUCCAAGGUUUUCUGUUUUACAUAACAUUUUGGGCAAAGGAUCUUUCCUCACCAGUUCCAGAGCCAAAAUUGUACCAAGCAAAGGUGCGGAAGUUUGCGGAUGAGAUCGAUGUUAGUGAAUUCAGGUUAAGGCCAACACAAGAAUGAUCAAUGGUGAGGUACACUUUUCAUAUGAUUGAGUUGAUUUUGCUUCUUGAGUUGAAUCUAUUGUAAGCCAUGACUUGUGAGUUAUGUCGCUCAUACAGGUGAUAACUACUUCAACUCCGUGGGCUUCUCCAGUACUUAGAUCUCGAACAUUUUACUUUUCAAGUAACUUAAUGUCAUGUUAUGCCCUUAUUAUCUAAUAAUGUAUCUAUACUUUUAUGUAGCUGGUCUUUACAAAAUUAUACGGUUCUAUUUAAGUUCGGUUAUUGA